GGCUGUGGGCGGGGCUAGCGGGGCGAUCGGACGUCGGGGACUGGCCGGCUGGAUCUCGGUCCUCCCCAGUUGUAGGGUGCUGACGGCUUGAGAGCGCGGCCGGUGUCGGAGACCCCGCUGCUGCCGGAUCCGGGCAGGUCCCUACUGUCCUCGCCGCCCCCGGCCCGCACCGAGAGCCAUGGCCCAGCCGCCGCCAGACGUCAGUGAGGACGAGUGUCUCCCUGAGUACCGCCAUCUCUUCUGCCCCGACCUGCUCUGGGACAAAGUGGCCUUCAUCCCAGGUGGCGGCUCUGGGAUCGGGUUCCGGAUUGCUGAGAUUUUUAUGCGGCACGGCUGCCACACAGUCAUCGCCAGCAGAAGCCUUCUAAGAGUGUCAAAGGCUGCGGGAAAGCUGACUGCCGCCACUGGCCGGCGGUGCCUCCCUUUAUCUCUGGAUGUUCGGGCUCUCCCAGCCGUCGCGGCUGCCGUGGACCAGGCGCUGAAGGAGUUUGGGAAAAUCGACAUUCUUGUUAACUGUGCAGCUGGAAACUUCCUGUGCCCUGCCAGCACAUUGUCCUUCAAUGCCUUUAAGACCGUGAUGGACAUCGACACCUUGGGCACCUUCAACACAUCUCGUGUGCUUUAUGAAAAGUUCUUCAGGGACCAUGGAGGGGUGAUCGUGAACAUCACCGCGACCCUGGGUACCCGGGGGCAGGUGCUUCAAGUGCAUGCAGGCUCUGCCAAAGCAGCUGUGGAUGCAAUGACACGGCACUUGGCUGUGGAGUGGGGUCCCCAGAACAUCCGUGUCAACAGCCUCGCGCCUGGCCCCAUCAGUGGCACAGAGGGGUUCCGGCGGCUGGGUGGCCCCCAGGCCAGUGCCAGCACUAAGACUCUGGCCAUCCCCCUGCAGAGGCUGGGCAACAAGACAGAGGUCGCCCACAGCGCGCUAUACCUGGCCAGCCCUUUGGCAUCCUACGUGACGGGUGCCGUGCUGGUGGUUGACGGUGGGGCAUGGCUGACAUUCCCCAAUGACAUCAAGUUGCUGGACAAUUUCGCAUCCUUCUCUGCGAAGCUCUAGGCACAGGACGGCUGAAGCAAAGGAGCCAUUCUGAAGGGAAGCUGGUCCACAGUCCCCCUGGGACUCCUCCUACAGUGCUCCUCCCACGACUGCCUCCCACCACAAACUGGACAGUCUCAGCAGCAUCUAAACCAGAGACUGGCCCCUCCUCUGGGAACUGUGCUGUGUCCACAUUCCCUCCCCAUGGCCCCGUCUCCCGUGCUCAGGUGGGAGUGACCGGGCAGUGAGGCCAUCUGCUCACCUGGAUGUCUGCCAGGGGGACUGUAACAUUCUGGAGCUCCCUCAGGAGUUGACCUGGGGUCUGCGGCUGUCCCCCCUGUCUGCCCUGUCUUGUCCUGGCCUGGGAGGCCUUUGUUGUCCUCCUGCCUGUGUCCCCUGGGUGCCCUGAGGUGGCCCCACUGCCUGGCUGCAGAAACCGGGGCAUCUCAGGCUCCCUGUCUUCCCUUCCUGGCUCUUCCACUUGGGGAUCUUACUCCACAAGGGAAAGCCAGACCAGAGAGGCUAGAGAAGCAGGUUUGAUCCCUCCCAGCCCAGGCCUGGGGUCCUGGAUCUCCUCACCAGAGUGUUGGGCUGCAGAUGGGAUCCCCUGGCUGGGGGACAUCCAUCCCUCUCAGCCAUUGGUGACAUGGACCGGGUUGUCUUCCACCUGCCCUGGAGUCUGUCCUUUGCUGGGACAUUCCCAUGGACUUAGUCCUGCGCCAUUCCAGGCCUGACUUUCUAGGCCCUCCACCUGGCACACAGCCCUCUCCUGCCUGUCUGUACCACUGGUUGGCAUAAGCAUAGGUCCUAGCAUUUUGCCAAUAAAUGCAUUUC